UCUAACCUCUGUAAUCUGUGACCUAACCUAUAAAAGUAAAAAACAAAUUUGAAUAAAAAUUGAUUUUCCAAAAUACACUCUAAUUUUUUGUGAAGAUUCAUUGGAUCAAGUGAAAAUGUUUGCCCGAAGAUUUCGUCAGAUGGGCAAUUUUUACAUAAAAAGAUAUUUUAAACAAACGGAGUUACAAGUGUUACAACGCUACCGCUCUUACUCGGGGUCAGUUUACUUAGUGGAUGAGGCAAUGAAUGAAAGUGUCAAGCUAAAACAAAAGACCAAUAAAUAUACAUUCCGAACAUGUACUUGUGGACAAUUAACCCUUCAGAAUGUUGGUUUUAGAGUAGUUUUAUGCGGUUGGUUGGAAUUUCAAAGGCUAGAUAAAUUCAUUAUUUUAAGGGAUGCUUAUGGACAAACUCAGUGUAUCCUAAAAGAAAAUGAUGAGGAAAUAAAAGAAAAAGUUAAAAAACUGCCAUUUGAGUCAAUUCUGAAAGUUACUGGGACGGUUCUUGCUAGACCAAAAGAUAUGACAAAUAAAAAAUUACCAACUGGUGAAAUAGAAAUAUUGGUUGAUGAUAUACAAGUGUUGAAUGAAUCGUCUGAAUUACCUUUCAAUAUAAGAGGUUUUCAAAAACCAAAAGAAGCAAUUAGAAUGCAGUAUAGGUAUUUAGAUUUGAGAUUCCCAGAAAUGCAAAAAAAUCUGAGAGUACGAUCAGAUUUACUGUUCAAAAUGAGGCAGUUCUUGAUGGAUUCAGAUUUUGUUGAUGUGGAAACUCCAACAUUAUUCAAAGCUACACCAGGAGGAGCCCAAGAAUUCAUAGUCCCAACUAAAUUUCCUGGUCAGUUCUAUUCUCUUGUACAAAGUCCUCAGCAAUUCAAGCAAAUACUGAUGGCAGGUGCUAUAGACAGAUAUUUUCAGAUAGCAAGGUGCUAUCGAGAUGAAACUUCAAGACCAGACAGGCAGCCUGAAUUCACACAACUAGAUAUUGAAAUGUCAUUCACAACAGCUGAUGGCAUCAUGGAACUUGUGGAAGAUUUGCUAAACUAUGUUUGGCCAGAUUUUGUUGGAACAAUACCUCCUAGAUUCAAAAGGAUCAAAUAUGAGGAAGCAAUGGAGCUUUAUGGUUCUGACAAGCCAGAUGUUAGCUUUGAUUUCAAGCUCAAAAACUGUUCUGAAAUAUUCCCACAAACAUCAGUGAAUAUGAAUUUUGGAGCAUAUUGUUUACAAAUCCCAGAGAAAUAUGCAUCCUUGACCAAAAAAACCAAAGAAGAGUUUGAAAGUCUUGCUAAACAAUUUCCUGCAGUAAAAUUUGUUCAAAAUAAGAUAUCGACAAAAAGCAAUUGGAUCUCAAGAAUGAAGCAGUUGUUGACUGAAGGAGUUGCUGCUAAAGUGGCUGAUGAAAUAGGCCUACUUGAUAACAGUAUUUUAUUCCUCGGAUAUGGUGAUAAGAAUCAAGUGUUGGGAUUAAUGGGUAGAAUCAGACUUCUAUAUGCUGAUCAUUUAGAACAAAGUGGACAUGAAAUCAGACGAAAAGGUAUGCAUCUUGCAUGGGUAACAGAUUUUCCUCUCUUUGAACUGAAUGAUGACGGUAGUUUGAACUCUGCGCAUCAUCCUUUCACUGCUCCGAAUCCCGAAGACCUGCACCUAUUGCAAGAAACACCACUGAAGGUUCGUGCAUUAGCAUACGAUUUGGUGCUCAACGGAAACGAGAUUGCUGGGGGAUCCAUCAGAAUUCACGAUCCCGUUUUACAAGAAAAUAUCUUCAAAUUGCUUAACAUCGAUGCCAGUAGCAUGAAGCACAUAAUUGAAAUGUUGAGUUCGGGCUGUCCUCCUCACGGGGGAAUCGCAUUAGGUUUGGACAGACUUCUGUCAAUUCUUUUAAAGACCAAAAGUAUUAGAGAUGUUAUAGCGUUUCCAAAAGGUGCCGAGGGAAGAGAUUUGGUCAGUGGUGCACCGUCCAGUGUGUCAGAGAGAGACUUGCAAAUGUAUCAUAUUAAAUGUAUAUCAUAGAGGAGAAAUCUUAUUUAUUAGGAACAUUUUUAUCAUAACCUAGAUUCUAGUCCAAAACGCCUUGAAAUGUAAAUUGAAUUUUCCAAAAAUUAAUUAUAUGUAGUCUUUAUUUAUUUAC